GGCAGCGCCAUAGUCACCGUAGUCCUGGCGACUGUAACCCACCAACAACAACAACCUCUCGUUCCAUCAUUACCACCACACCAUCCUCAUCCUCAUCAACCAGUCCUCAGCCCAGGCGCCAUGCAGACCCCUGAGGCAGGCGCUGAAUCCGCCUCCACUGUCCACACCGCUGUGCCUGUGCAGCCUGCAGGCUCCGCCCAGCAGGUGACCUCUCAGGUGCCUGUCCAGCAACAGGCCCAGACUGUUCAACAGGUUCAGCAUGUAUACCCAGCACAACAGGUGCAGUACGUGGAGGAGAACAGUGGCGUCUAUACCAACGGGAAUAUACGGACAUACUCGUACUCCGAGCCCCAGCUGUACAGCCAGAACAGUGGAGGGAGCUACUUUGACACGCAGGGCAGCUCAUCCCAGGUGUCCACGGUGGUGUCAUCCCAUGGCAUGGCCAACAACGGAGGGGGGAACGGGGGGCUGACCAUGGGUCUGGCUGGGGGGCAGAUCAUCAGCAGCUCUGGGGCCUACCUCAUCGGGGGCAACACCAUGGAUAACUCUGCCCCCCACCCAGCAGCCCAGACAACCCGAGCCUCCCCGGCCACUGUGAGUAUUGAAAUGGCGAUUGAGACGCUCCAAAAGACUGAAGGUUUAUCCAGUCAGAGAAGCUCGCUGCUCAACAGCCAUCUGCAGUGGCUACUGGAUAACUAUGAGACAGCGGAGGGGGUGAGUCUGCCUCGCUCCACCCUCUACAACCACUACCUGCGCCACUGCCAGGAGCAGAAGUUGGACCCGGUCAACGCUGCUUCCUUUGGGAAACUCAUCCGCUCCAUCUUCAUGGGGCUCCGCACGCGUCGCCUGGGCACACGAGGGAACUCGAAGUACCACUACUAUGGGAUCCGGUUGAAGCCGGACUCUCCUCUCAACAGACUGCAGGAGGACAUGCAGUAUAUGGCCCUCAGACAGCAGCCUGUCCAACAGAAACAGAGGUUUAAGCCGAUGCAGAAGGUUGAUGGUGUAUCUGGGGAGAACUUCUCAGGCGGAGGCCAGCACACCCCCAGUGCAGCGGAGCAGACUGUCAUCGCACAAAGCCAGCACCACCAGCAGUACCUGGACACAUCGCGGGCCCUGCCAGACUUUGUGGAGCUGGACCUGGGAGAGACUAACGUGGACAACGUCAGCCCAGAUGACAUCAAAGCUCUCCAGUCACUCUACAGAGAGCACUGUGAGGCCAUUCUGGAUGUGGUGGUCAACCUCCAAUUCAGUCUAAUAGAGAAGCUGUGGCAGACUUUCUGGCGCUAUUCUCCUUCUGACUCAGUGGAGGGCGCCACCAUCACAGAAAACAGUGGUGUGAGUGAGAUUGAGGGCCGUCUGCCCUGCUGCAGACUGCUGGUGCUCUGUAGGAACGAGGCUGUGCUCAAGUGGAUGAGUUCCUGUGACCACCUGAUGUACCAGGCCCUAGUGGAGAUCCUCAUCCCUGAUGUCCUCAGACCCAUCCCCAGUGCCUUGACUCAAGCCAUCCGCAACUUUGCCAAAAGCCUGGAAGGCUGGCUCAACAAUGCCAUGAACACCAUUCCACAGAGAAUGAUCCAGACCAAGGUUGCCGCUGUUAGUGCCUUUGCUCAGACGCUGCGUCGCUACACUAGUCUGAACCACCUGGCCCAGGCAGCCCGCGCCGUGCUGCAGAACACCUCACAGAUCAAUCAGAUGCUCAGUGACCUCAACCGCGUCGACUUCGCCAACGUGCAGGAGCAGGCGUCGUGGGUGUGUCAGUGUGAGGAGGGUGUGGUUCAGAGGUUAGAGCAGGACUUCAAGGCCACCCUGCAGCAGCAGAGCUCACUAGAGCAGUGGGCUGCCUGGCUGGACAACGUGGUGACUCAGGUCCUACAGCCCUUCGAGGACAGGCCCAGCUUCCCCAGGGCGGCACGACAGUUCCUGCUCAAGUGGUCUUUCUACAGCUCCAUGGUGAUUCGGGACCUGACCCUGCGCAGCGCGGCCAGUUUCGGCUCGUUCCACCUGAUCCGCCUGCUCUACGACGAGUACAUGUUCUACCUGGUGGAACACCGCGUCGCCCAGGCAACCGGCCAGACACCCAUCAGUGUCAUGGGAGAAUUCGAUGACCUCAACGCCAUGUCACCUGCUAACAUAGACAAAGACGAGGUGAGUGAGAUGGACAGUGACCUGGAGGAGGACAUGGAGGAGUCUGGGGAGCCGCUGGCCAAGCGGGAGAAGGCUGAGGUGGAACAUGAGCACCAGGUGAUCCAGGUGAUUCAGGUGGGGGCUCUGGAGGACGGCAGUAACCCCGUGGUGGGGGUGCUCCAGCCGGGCAUCCUGCACUCCCUGCCCCAGCCCCCCCAGAACCAUGCUGAGCACAUCCUCACCUCCUCCGCCGCCACCACCACCAUCCGCCACUGCAGUGCCACCGGCAACACCUACGCCUCCGUCUGAGAGGGAGUUGACCCCCCCCCCCCCCCCCGGCCAACCUCUCUUCUCUCUGUCUCUCUAUCUGUCUCACUGUCACACACGUCUGCACUGUCCCCUCUGUCGUACGCUGUGUUUUCUCUGCACUCAUCUAGACACACUCCUCCCCCCUCCACCCUGACCAGUAGGGGAGCGUGAAAAACAUCACGACCACAGCUGGCGUCACACAAGCAGUGGAUGGAUGAGGGAUGAGUAGAGCUAGACGGGAAUGUGGAUCUGCUGGGGAGAGUCAUGUGGACGGGCUGUCUCUGUCUGUCAUGUGGCUGUCCUCUGGGUCAGGGAGGGGGGGGGGUUGUACAGGCGUGAGACACUGGCUGACCCUACUGUAGCUGUGUAGAAGGGAAGGUGUCCUUCUACUUAGAGAUUCACAUAUUUCCUGAUGUUUAAAAGCUCAAAUCCAAGCCACCAGCCCCAGAAGAACAACGGCAUUGAUUGACAGAAAACACCUGGUUCUCUCUUAGAUUGGCUUGUUUAGUAUAUAUCUAAACACCACACAGGUGCUGUUCUCUUACACUACCAGAUGCUCAGACAGAAUUCAGUUGAAUGACAUAAUAUUUUGUAAGUCAUGAAUCUUUCGAAGCUUUGUUGAGAUUGGACAUUUUGUGGAUUAUGAUUGCUUAUUGCUUGUAAUGUGGUGUUUGGCAUCCUAUGAUUUAUUGAAUAGUGUAUAACUGUAGCCUUGAUCCCCUGAUAAGCACUAAUGGCUUUUAGCCAUGAAGUUAGUUCUGCCCAUGAAGGAAGACAUUCUGUUAUUUAUGCUGUUUUACUGUGUAGAGACGUAGAGACAGAGAGACGAGGUUAGACAGACAAGCUGUAGUACACCACUUCUACAACACUGGCUUUUCUACGCCCUUCGUGCAUAGUGUGGGAUGCGCUUGACUUAUGGCUUUGUUUUGGUUGGGUUUAGAUGCUCGAUAGUGUGACAAUUACAUUAGUUGGACUUAUUAUCUACUGAUAUGUUCUCAGUACAGUAGGUGUGUUUUUUGUAGAUUUCUUGAGUUCUGAAUGGACCAAAAACCAAUCAACCAGAGGAAACUGGCAGAGUGAAAGAGAGCCGUCAUGGCCGCCACAGUUACCACGGCGAGGGUGCUGCGUGUUCUGUUUCCUGUCCCAACAGUGCCGUGUUGCAGAGUGAAUGUCAGGGAUUCUAUGUACCUCGGCUUCAUCGUAGUGCCUUAAUAACCCUUACUGCAGCUGUCCAUGUAGUCCUGACUGAUUGUGUGGUUGAGGGAAAGGAUAGCACAAACACACACACACACACACACACACAGACAUACACAGAGACACACACAGAGACACACACACACACACAGAGAGACACACACACACAGAGACACUGAAACACACACAGCUCCUCUGCGUUACUGUCCCAGCAACAACUUUGUCUCUCUGGUGACUUGUGGCUGGAUUUGGGCUGGCUCAUCAGUGUUACUGCAGGGCUGGAGAGAUGCAGGUUCAGAGGUGCUUGUUGAGUUCUCUGUGCUGGUUCUAUGAAAUGUUUUGUUUGUUUGUUCGUACCUGCUCUCACUCUUUCCACACUCAAGGCCUGCUCCUGCUUUGGCCUCUGCUAUUGGGUGAAGUGUGUGUGCAUGUGCAGAUGGGAGGACUUGAUUGAGAUGUUGAUUGUGUGUAUGAAUGAGUCUGAACAUGUGUUUGAGCACACCCACUAGUCACCCUACCUCACACCAGCGUUGCCAGCCCUUUGACACGUACAGCACAGUCACCAAACUUGUUCUGAUAUACUCAUAACCGUAUUAGUCCUUCAACACUGCACACUAACAUUAUACAUGCCUCUUACACCACACACAGCUAAAAUACACACUCAUUUCAGCCCCUUCACUUCUUAGUCCACAACGUUAUCACCCCUUAUUCUAUCCGUUCUAAAGUGCAUAUUUGUAUAGUGGACCAAAAGUAGAUAUUUUCUGAUAUUUAAAGAUAUAUAUAUAUAUCUAUAUAAGGAUGAUACAAUGUAUUCAUUUUGUUUGUUUUGUUUUCAUGUGGUUGAUCUGAUUGUCAUCUGUGAUUGUUUCUUUUGUAGCUCUUCUGUGAUUGGUUGAUUGACUGUGAAAUGGGUGGGGGCAUGGGGACCAGCUUCUCUGAUGACACUGGAUACACAUUUUGUACUUGAACUGUUAUUGAUAGCUUUUAGGAAAUGGAGAACACACAGGAAAAAUGUGUUGAACUGGAAGAAUCUUGUUGUUGAUACUACUGAAGUUACCUUUCUGUUUUUUAACUCUCAUCUGGAGAACUGUCUGCACCAAUGCUUUGCCUCGACUUCAUUUGUUAGUAUUCAUAGUGCUUUUGUUUUACUAUUUGAGAAAUUAUUCUUAAGUUAUGCACAUGUAUCCAUGCUUAAACCAGUCUUGAAAAUGGAAUUAUAACUUCUGAAGAAUUUUACUACUGAGAAACAAAAUGUACCUGCAAAAGGACUGGAAUUAUGUUUUCAGUGGAAGUGGAUUUAUUUGAUGAACUACAUUUUCUUUACAGGUAUAUGAGAAAGGACAAGUAGAAUUAUAUUGCCUUUCAUUCGUUUUCACGGAAGAUAAAGUGCAUUCACUUUAAACUGAAGGUCUUUGACCUUGCUUACAGGUAAUUGAAGGCCUUUGGGCAUUUGUUUACAUGCCAAACUCUGACCUCACAGAAAUUACAAGAUCUUUCUUAAUGACUGUACUGUCACCCAACAUGCCGUUAGAUAUGGCUCUUGAACUUUGACCUUUUUGUCAUAAAAAUACUGAAGAUGUUAAGAUUAAAUGUGUAUUCAUUUGUGCCUGGAGUGCAAACGGCUUACAGAUGUGCUUUAGAUUCUUGAAAGUGCUUUUUUUGGUCUUGCAUGCCUUUUUUUGUGCUGAUAGAAUCUGUUGGUUUAUCUAAUUAGUUAUUUUUUUUUAUAUGUGCCAGACAGUAAAUGCUGUAUUCACUCUGUAACCUCAUCAAACCUGCUUGUUUUAACAUCAAUUGUGUUUUAUUCAUAGUUGACCAUUUACAAAAAGUCGUACAUUUAUAUUUGUUUAAGAUUGAAAAUAUUAGGGCCUUUCCUUUUUGGUUCCUUGAUAAUUGAGCCCAUUUCCAACGUAAAAGGUUAAAUCCAGCUACUACAACAAAAAACUGAAAAGGAAAAAAUCUUGACAUUCUGCAAAACAUAUCAACUCCUCUCAAACUAUGUCAGUUGGGAGGGGUGAGAAUACGGCAGCUUCACUGAUCCACAAGAGACCCAGUGCCUUUGAUUUUGCCCAGGCAGGGGGGCCUACGUCUCUGGUCUGACUCCAUGGUUCCAGAUACAGGCUCUUUAGACAGGCGUUCUAUGGUAGUGAGGUGAAAAUGGCUGCUCACAGUGAGAGGAGGAUAUGGGCCUGAGGGAUCGUACACUUCUACCCUUGAUCCUGAUCUCAUCCAAACUAUGACUACUGGUCAACUGUUACUGACCUAUGACCACACAGGACAGUUUACAAUGGAUGGAGCUUGCUCCAGAUAUUUGCUGUUGGACUGCGCAUUAGGAGAGAACUACUAUUGUAUAGAUUUACUGUAUCACUAAACUAACAAAGAUUGAAGUAUAACUGGACUGGGAUAUUUGCCAAUAGCAACACUGUACUAUCACUUUCAUUGUUGUCACGAUAAUUUCCUUUUGUUGUAUGAUAUUCACUGAUUUGCUGUAUGUUUGCUUUAUUCAGUAUGAUUUGUAAUAUUUUCCUGAUCUAUUUUAAGUGCCAUUUGACAGUCUAGUGAGUUGUGGCCCGCUGUAGCACGCUCUAAUGCAAGCACACGCAUUUGGCAGUGGAUUUAUGGGGAAACCUUUUAGUUGAAAACUCCCCAGAUGUAACCAAGAUGUAAAUAUAGACAAAAUGGGAAGAAAGGAUAUUUAUUUACUGUCUCCUUAAAUAUUUGUUUUGUUAUUUUUGGAUGAGUUUUAUUUCAGCCAAAAAAACAUUGAUUUCUCUUUUUCCUCGUUUUGGAUAAUGUAUUGUAUUCAUAUACAGGUAGCUGCCACAAUAAUGUUAACACUUCAGUAAAUGAGGGAUACAAAGUAUGUUAAAAAGUAGGUGGUUCUACAAAGGUGUGGUUCUUGAAUUAAUUAAAAUUAAGCAAUGAACAUCCCACCAUUUUUAUACAUGGUAUCAUGUAUAAAAAUGCUGGGCAGGCCCUUGUUUUGGCUAGCAUGGCUGUGCCCCUAUCCACAGGGCACGAGAGGUCACCUGAAUGGUUUUGAUGAGCAUGAAACAAUGUAAACCAUAUACCAUGGCCGUCUGUCACCAGAUCUCAACUCAAAUGAACACUUGUGGGAGAUUCUGGAGCGGUGCCUGAGACAGCGCUUUCCACCGUCAACAAAACACCUAAUGAUGGAAUUUCUCGUGAAAGAAUAGUGUUGCAUCACUCCCAUAGAGUUCCAGACACUUCUACAGUGUUUUCAGAAAGUAUUCACACCCCUGAUUUUUUUUCAAAUGUUUUUGUGUUACAGACAGAGUUUAAAAUUGAUUAAAUUGAGAUUUUCUUGACACUGGCCUACACACAAUACCCCCAUAAUGUUAGAAAUUUUUACAAAUUAAUUUAAAAUGAAAAGCAAAUGUCUUGUGUCAAGUAUUUAUGGCAAGCCUAAAUAAGUUCAGGAGUAGUAAUGUGCUUAACAAGUCUCACAAGUUGCAUGGACUCUGUGUGCAAUAAUAGUGUUUAACAUGAUUUUUGAAUGACUACCUCAUCUCUGUACCCCACACAUACAAUUAUCUGCAAGGUCCCCCAGUUGAGCAGGGAAUUUCCAACAAAGGAUUCAGCCACAAAUACUAGGGAGGUUUUCCAAUUCCUCACAAAGAUGGACACCUUUUAUGCAUGGUGAAGUAAUUAACUCACCAUCAGGCCAAUGGUGACUUUAAAACAGUUAGGAAAUUGAGGAUGGAUCAACAACAUUGUAGUUACUCCACAAUACUAACCUAAUUGACAGUGAAAAGAAGGAAGCCUGUACAGAUUAAAAAAUAAUGCUGCAAAAAAUGUGGCAAAGCAAUUCGCUUUUUGUCUUGAAUACAACGUGUUAUGUUUGGGGCAAAUCCAAUACAACACAUUACUGAGUACAACUCAUCUAAUUUUCAAGCAUAGGGGUGGCUGCAUCAUGUUAUGGGUAUGCUUGUAAUCGUUAAGGACUGGGGAGUUUUUCAGGAUAAAAAGGAACGGAAUGGCGCUAAGCACAGGCAAAAUCCUAUCAUAUGUUUGUUGUGUAGUAAAUAUUUCAGCUUUUAUUUAAAAAAAUGUUUUCCUGUAAAGCACAUUGUGUUGCAUUCCAUGUCUGAAAUGUGCUGUGUAUAAAUAAAGCUUGAUAUGAUUUGAUUAGAGGAAAACCUGGUUCAGUCUGCUUUCCCCCAGACACUGGGAGAUAAAUUCACAUUUCAGUAAGACAAUAAACCUAAACACAGGCCACAUCUUCACUGGAGUUGCUUACCAAGAAGACAGUGAAUGUUCCUGAAUGGCUGAGUUAGUGUUGACUUACAUCAAUGGCAAGAUCUGAAAAUGGUUGACUAGCAAUGAUCAACAACCAAUUUGACAGAGCUUGAAGAAUUUUUUAAAAGCAUAAUGGACAUAUGUUGCACAAUCCAGGUGUGCAAAGCUCUUAGAGACUUACCUAGAAAGACUCAUCUGUAAUCGCUGCCGAAGGUUAUUCUGUGUUGACUCAGGGGGUUGAAAACUUAUCUAAUCAAGAUAUAUUUGUUUUAUUUUGUAAACAUUUUAUUUUUAUUUUUACAAAUGUUAGAUUUUUUUCUUACGCUUUGACCGAGUAUUUUGUGUAGAUUGUUAACAAAACAUGACAAAUCCAUUCUAAUCCCACUUUGUAACAACAAAUUGUAGAGAAAGCCAAGGGGUGUGAAUACUUUCUGAAGGCACUGUAUGCCAAGGUGCAUUGAAGCUGUUCUGGCUCGUGGUGGCCCAACGCCCUAUUAAGACACUAUGUUAAUGUUUCCUUUAUUUUGGCAGUUACCUGUAUAUACAUACUGUAUAUCUCAAGUGACUUUCUUUUUGUGUGUUGUUUCAAGUUACCUCUCAGCUAGUAUAUUAUAUCUUCUUAAAUUGGCAAGAGCUAACCAAUAAGUGUAGGGUGAUUUGUAUUGUGUAUUUUACAUAAAAGAUGAGGAAAACUGGGAAACUUUUAUAUUUAUAAAGGCAUAUAUUAACAUUUAGUUUGUCGUAAUGAUGAAAAUAUAGGAACUAUUAAAGACACGUAGUUUGGUUUUCUGAAUAUUUCAGACUUGAGCUCAGGCUAGCUUAGUGUUGUUUUCUUAAAAUUUGUGGCUUGUCUUUUAAAUUAAUAAACUUUUUCUUGUUGAAAAUAA